UCCGGAAGCAGCAGCUAUCUGCGCCUUUAACGUGUCGCGGGGAGUGGGACGUGUCGCAAAAAGUCGCGGUGGAAAUUCCCUACGAUCUACAGACUUGGCACUUUACGGUGCCAAGCCCUGCUGAGCUGGGAGAUGUCGGCUGCGGGCCGCGCCGAGUCCUUGGGUCCUCCCGACAGCUUUGCGAAGCGGGUCCUGGUGACCGGGGGUGCUGGUUUCAUAGCGUCACAUAUGAUUGUCUCUUUAGUAGAAGAUUAUCCAAACUAUAUGAUCAUAAAUCUAGACAAGUUGGAUUACUGUGCAAGCUUGAAGAAUCUUGAAACCAUUUCUAAUAAACAAAAUUAUAAAUUUAUACAGGGUGACAUAUGUGAUUCUCACUUCGUGAAACUACUUUUUGAAACGGAGAAAAUAGACAUAGUACUACAUUUUGCCGCACAAACACAUGUAGAUCUUUCAUUCGUCCGUGCCUUUGAGUUUACCUACGUUAAUGUUUACGGUACUCACGUGUUGGUAAGUGCUGCUCAUGAAGCCAGAGUGGAGAAAUUUAUUUACGUCAGCACAGAUGAGGUCUAUGGAGGCAGUCUUGAUAAGGAAUUUGAUGAAUCUUCACCCAAACAACCUACAAAUCCUUAUGCAUCGUCUAAAGCAGCUGCUGAGUGUUUCGUACAGUCUUAUUGGGAACAGUAUAAGUUUCCAGUUGUCAUCACACGAAGCAGUAAUGUUUAUGGACCACAUCAAUAUCCAGAAAAGGUUAUUCCAAAAUUUAUAUCUUUACUACAACACAACAGGAAAUGCUGCAUUCAUGGGUCAGGGCUUCAAACAAGAAAUUUCCUUUAUGCAACUGAUGUAGUAGAAGCAUUUCUCACUGUCCUCAAAAAGGGAAAACCAGGUGAAAUUUAUAACAUUGGAACCAAUUUUGAGAUGUCAGUUCUCCAGCUUGCCAAGGAACUAAUACAGCUGAUCAAAGAGACCAAUUCAGAGUCUGAAAUGGAAAACUGGGUUGAUUAUGUUGAUGAUAGACCUACCAAUGACAUGAGAUAUCCAAUGAAGUCAGAAAAAAUACAUGGCUUAGGAUGGAGACCUAAAGUACCUUGGAAAGAAGGAAUUAAAAAAACAAUUGAGUGGUACAGAGAGAAUUUUCACAACUGGAAGAAUGCAGAAAAAGCAUUAGAACCCUUUCCGGUACAACCACCAUUUGUAUAGCCGGGACAGUUUUCAGAGAAAGAAGAAAAUUAUCCUACCUACCUCGACAAGCGAUAUGAAAUCAAGUGACCAAAUGAAGCAUCUUCUUUUUCAUUUGGAAUUAGAUUAUGACUUUGUGUAUAAAAAUCAAAUGUAAAAUGCCUCAAUCUAUAGAAGAGGUUCAGUAUCAGCAUAGGAUUUAAAUAAUUGUAAUUCUCUCAGAAACAUUUUAUCCUGAAAAUUAGGAACCAGUAUGCAUAGAAAGACUUCUUGGUAGAUGUGGUUUGGGAAGGAUGAAUCUCCUGUUUCUGAGAACAAGGACAGGUAAUAGCUCUGGGCAGAUGACAGCCUUUGCUGACAUUGAACUCUACAGCUUUUCCCACUGCCUAGAAAGUCUCUGAAGUCUUUUAGGCAAUGUAGGAUGAGCCUUAUGCCCUAAUUUAUGUUUUUAAGGUCAGAUGUCAUGCUACAGUUGCUUUAAAAAUGGAACAAAUGGAAGCAUAUCUAGCACUUUUUAACUUUUGAUAAUUUUUAUAAAAUUAAGUUAUAAAAGAGGUAGUUUUUAUAUUUUCAAAAUCGAUCAUGGAACUAUAUAAGUCAUCUUGUAUCAGAGAAAUUUUAUCAUGUAUUUACUGUUUAAAAUGGUUUUAUUUAUAAAAUUAUCAGUAUUUUCAUGUGUUUAAUGUAUCAUGUGGCUUUUUAAAAAGUAUGUCUUUGUUUUGUACAAAAUUUUUUAAAUUACUUGAUUAUCAUGUAUUUUUAAUUCCUCUCUCCCCUAAAGUCUUUAAGAUGAUUUGAAAAAGUAACUGAUUGGAUAUCACACCAAGUAAAGGAAAAGAGUCGAAGGCUACACCCAACUUUCUGGCUUCAGUGUAUGAGUGGUAGUUUGUUUCCUCUGUGGAGUAGAAAGUGAGGUUAUUAACUCAGAAGUGGUUGAGGAUGGGUGAUAGAUUGGAGAAUGUGAAGCUUGGGAAAAGAGUAGGAAGCAAAUCCAAAAUUAGUAAGGGGACUUGCCAAACAAGAAUGAAACAUAAACUGAAGUUAAAACACUGUCAUUAGCUGUAAGAAUAGACCGAGCCAGAGUUGGGCAUAGUAUGAGGCGCAAGGACUAGAGAGUUGAGUGAGAACAACUGACAUGAUGGUCCUCUGGUCCUAGUUGUAUAGGGAAGGAGUGCUUCUUGGAGCUCUGGAGAAAAUGGAGUUGGGGUAAGAGCUCAGGGAAGCGGCUGUAGGAAGUUACAGGCAGAAAAUGGAACAAACAGAGCAAAUUGUCUUCAGUGGCAUUUGGUCAUUAAGGGUAGAUGACAAAAUAAAAACACUCACUCCG